UUAAUAUUUGAAUAAAACGAUUUUAUUAACAAAAAAUAAGCAGAUCCCAUUUUCACUAAUUCUGAAAUGUACCCGGUCGGAUGGUAAAUGGCGUAAUAAAACAAAAGUAUGACAAUUAAUGGUGGUAUUUGUAAACGAUUUUAUGGGAAAUAAACUGCAAUCCGUGUUGUGUAAUAGAAAAAAAAUACCAUAGAGCAUAUAUGAGUCGAUAGACAGGUAACGAUGGCCGUUCUUCUAUUGACGGAAUAGUGCUUAUGAAUAUUACAAAAUAUUCAUUAUUAUGGCAACAGUGGGAAUGUUACCGCCCUUGCCUAUCGUCGUAUCUUGUUUUAUCAUCUGGAUUCUCGUUUUCUUUUCCUAUUUCUUUCAUAUGUAUCUGAUGGCUUCGUUAUAUCUAACGUGCAUAGCUUUGGUUCUCUUAGCCGUUGGAUUGCAAUAUGUCGUGUUUUCACCCGUCGACGAUAACGUAACGUCGAAAAUUAUAUAUGGAGAUAAUGCCAACGUUUCACCCGUCUUCGCUCAUCGUGGAGCCAGUCACGAUGCACCCGAAAAUACCAUAUCUGCUAUAAAACAAGCAAAACAUAAUGGAGCUCACGGAGUAGAAUUUGAUAUUUCUUUUACAAAAGAUAACAUUGCUGUUUUGUUUCACGACGAUACGGUUGAUAGAACAACAAAUGGAUUCGGAUCAUUAAGUGAUAUGACAUUUGAAGAAGUCAGAAAACUUGAUGCAUCUGCUCAACAUGCAUAUCAUGAUCGUUUUAAAGGCGAAAAAAUACCAACUGUUGAAGAAGCCAUUCAAGCUAGUUUGGAAUUAGGUUUGAGAAUUAUAUUUGAUGUAAAGGAAUCAGAUGAAAGGGCGGUGACAUUGAUGGAACACAUGUUUAGUAAAUACCCAGAUCUGUAUAAGACGUCGAUAGUGGCUUCCUUUUAUCCAAAUUUUAUCUAUCAGUUGAGACGAGUGGAUCCUAAAAUAGCCACCGCUUUGAUAUGGCGCCCUAUGGUCGUUUCUACGGAUAGCUAUCCCAACGGUCGACCUAGACACAAGUCGACGAUUAAAAUGUUUUUGGCUAACGUGGCCGAUUACGUUUUGGAAUGGUCGAUACAUAAUUGGCUUUGGUACGUUGCCGGUUCGUCCGUCGUCCUCAUCCAUAAAGACUGUCUGUCACCGCAUUACGUUAGGAUGUGGAAAGAUCGGGGUGUUAAAGUAUUAGCUUGGACGGUCAACCAUCCGGUAGAGAAGGAUUAUUUGAGUAAAUGGUUGAAGGUACCUUACAUAACGGAUACGAUGCAGUGAAACCACUCCAAUCUAACACGGAAAAUGCAUAUUUUGUUUGCUUAUUUAUGCCAAUUUUGAAGCAUAACCGGUAUAGUAACUGUUUCUUUCCUAUUAAAAGGAGUACCCUGUUGUUUUAAAGGACAUUUUCUAUAAAAUAGAAGCGAGAAAAAGUGUUUUAAACACAAUAUAUUUAUAAGGGUAAAAGAAAAAAUAAUUGUAAAAUUAUUAUAUGUAAGUUUUAUUACGAAAUAUUUUUAUAUGGCCAAACUCCUCGAAUUUCGCUUUAUUUAAAUUGAGAUUUUAAAAGGAAAUAAUGUUAUAACAAAGAGAUUAUGGAUUCAUCCCCGGAAACUAGCAACGUCGUUCUUGUUGCCAGUUUAAUUUUAAAGCUUGUCACAUUCCACAGUUUCUAGUUAGAGAUUUUAAUGAUAAAUAAAGACAAAUUUUCAUUCAUUUUGUGAAAUUUGAUGCCAUUUUCCCAUUAAUUAUUUCUUAUUUUAUAUAUAUUUAACAAAUUUUAUUAAAUAAAAGUUUAUUAAAGGCUUUGGUAUAUCUUCU